UCCAAAAUAAAAGGGAAGGAUUUCUUCGGAAGAGCGCCGCUGGAAGAAAGAAUAAACAUAUGGAGCCGGGAGACGACGAUUUCUCAAGAACAAGUGCAAGAAUAUACAUUGGAGGAUUAGGGGAGCGAGUGACACAUGAUGAUUUGCACAAAAUUUUCUCAAAAAUUGAUGGUGAGAUUGAAUCUGUUGACAUCAUCAGGACCAAAGGCCGUAGCUUUGCCUACAUCGACUUCUUACCCUCUUCACAUAAUUCCCUCUCCAAGCUCUUCAGCAUGUAUAAUGGGUGUAUCUGGAAGGGUGGGAGAUUGAGACUUGAGAAGGCAAAAGAAAAUUACCUUGAUCGAUUAAAACGGGAAUGGGCUGAAGAUGCUCAGCUUGUUAGUAGUGAAUAUACUAAUGUCAAUGAUGAUGUGGUCAAGGAGAGGGAUUCUUUGAAAAAGCCCAAUGAAACGCACAGUUCAAAAAUGAAGCAGCUUCGCAUGUUUUUUCCGCGAUUACAGAAGGUGAAAUCACUACCAUUCAGUGGAACUGGCAAGCACAAGUACAGUUUCAGACGUGUUGAAGUUCCUUCUCUUCCUACCCAUUUUUGUGAUUGUGAAGAGCAUUCGGGUCCACUCCAUUAUGCUGAAGGAAAGCAAAUUCCUGUCCAGGACGAACAAGGGGGUGGGAUGACAAAGGAAGAACUUGACGUGAUGAAGUCUGUGAUGAAUAAGCUCUUUGGGAUGGAAAAUAUGUCUAGCACUCCACAUUGUGAAAAUGAACUCACCAAGGAAGAAGACUACUCUAUCCAAGUGCCCAAUGAGCCAUUACUUGAUGAGAGUGAUGGAUAUUCUACUGCAGAUGAAGAUAACCUCAUAAUUAAUGUGGUGAGCCGAGGACAGGAGUUGAAAUUAAAUAAAAGGAAAGUUUCUAAAGAUGGACCGACUGACAUGCUUAAACAGCAGACAAGAAAUUAUGAAGAAAUUAUUAGAAAUGAAUAUGAAUCUAUCAUUCCUAGAGGCAUGGGGAAUUUGCAGGAUGAUAUAAAUGGAUCAAGAAUUCUCCCAGGGGCUCAACUUAUUGAACCACAAUCAGGUGACAUGCAAUCAGCUUCUGGUCUUUCAUGGUCACAAAAGUCUCCGUGGAAAGAAUUUAUUGGUGAUAGGGGCAAUAGUGCUUUUAAUCUCUCAGACAUAUUUCCCGGCAUUUCAUCUGAUAAGAAAGAGAAAUCCAAAUCUGAUGGUGGACCAAACAGCAACAACAGCAAGAACAAGAAGUUAUUGAGGCAUGAAAAUCAGGGAGUUCAGUUGGACAAAACAGAGGUAGAAGGGUUUGUGGAAGCUCAGCCUUCCAAACUGGAUUCUUCUUCGAGUAAGACAGGUAGAGGUUCUGCGUGGCUCCAUAAAACCUCGUGGACACAAUUGGUAAAUUCUAAUAACAGCAGUUCAUUCAGUAUCACCCAAAUCUUGCCAGGUGUUACUUUUGAUAAGCAAGAGCCUGCAGAACCUCAUGGUUUGGUAGCCACUGAUGCUAGAGACAGUAAGAACAAUGAUACAAUCGAAAAGGAUAAAAGUGAAUCUGUUUUAGAUGGUUCUAUGGAUUUGCAAAUUAUAAGGGAAGGUGAUGGACAAAGAAUUAGAGAACCUAGGCAGCUCGUUGAUCUGGGAAGUAACAUUCCUUCAGCUCUGACAGAGAACAAACACAAUUCAGCUACAAAGCGAAUGCGUAGAGGAGACAUCGUAAUUGGUGAGGUAUGCUCAUUUAUGAGGAAUGAUGCAUCACUAAAAGAAUGGGCAAAUGCUAAAGCAGCACUGAGUGGAUCAGGCAAUAUGACAAGCAAGGGGAAAAAGAGGCCGACUUUCCAUUAGUUCUUCUGGCAAACAACCUUGCUGCAUUAGAGCUGAAUGGGAUUUAUUGCACGCCAUGCUGCUGGCUCUUAAGGUUAAGGUUGUCCUUUUUCUUUUUCUUUUUCUUUUCUUUUCUCUUUUUUUUUUUUUUUUGUUUUUAAUUAUCAAAUUAAGGAAGAAAACUAUGGGAGCAUAUUAGUAAGUGUACUGGUGGUAAUUGAUAUUUAUGGUACCUCAUCUGUGGAAUAUAAAGAAUGGAAUAUUGCAGGUGGUGGUAAUGAUCAUCAAGAUGAACAAAGAUUGUGGUCUUGUUGAGAUUGUGGUAAAUCAUAGAUCUUGAAGGUGGUGGAAUGAUUAACAGGUUUACAAUUAGAGGAGUAGUUUUUCUUCUUGUAUUUCGAAUGCGAUUGAUAUAUUAAUUUCAUCAAGGAUGACUAUGGUUUUAUGAGAACUGCCUUUUAAAGUGCUUAGGUUAUGCGGUUCUAAGAUAUUAUAUUGUUAAAAGUAAAGUGGGAGAUAGUAAUAAAAUUAAUAGCAAGUUAUUUCUUA